UGGCUGGCUGGCUGGCUGGCCGGCUGGCUGGCGUGUGGGAUGGGGGGAUGGCUACAUGGGCCCAUGGACAUGUAAUCAAUGCACACAUCCUGUGAGCCCAGCGUGCAACACGGGAGAGCAUUUGCAGCAUCCAGCCCGCCCGCCCGUCCGUCCGUCCGUCCGUCAUCAAACAAAUGAUCUUCAUGUGGAUUAUCAGUUCAUCUCUACAAAAGUUGACCUACCUUCAUGGGGUCGCCAGCGGAUUCCUUGGAUAUUGACAUUUUCAUCAUGAAGAGCAGCAAUAGGCCAAAUGGGACCCCAUAGAUUUCUCCAGGACACGUGGCGGCGAUAAAGCGGCCGGAACCUGACGAUGGGUGACUGGAACCUACUGGGCAGCAUCCUGGAAGAGGUCCACAUUCAUUCAACCGUGGUGGGCAAGAUCUGGCUGACCAUUCUGUUCAUUUUUCGCAUGCUGAUCCUGGGGGCGGCCGCCGAGGACGUGUGGGACGACGAGCAGUCGCAAUUUGUCUGCAACACUGAGCAACCAGGUUGCAAGGCAGUCUGCUACGACCGGGCCUUCCCCAUCUCGCUCAUUCGCUUCUGGGUCUUGCAGGUCAUCUUCGUGUCCGCGCCUUCGCUCGUCUACAUGGGCCACGCCCUCUACUGCAUCCGGGCGCUGGACAAAGAGCGCCACAGGAAACGGAUACAGCUCAAGGAGGAGAUGGAGCGAGCCCAAUUGGCAUUGGACGAGCACAAACGAAUAGAGAGGGAGCUGAGAAAGCUGGACGAACAGCGAAAGGUGAAAAAGGCGCCGCUGCGGGGAUCGCUCUUGAGAACCUACGUCAUCCAUAUCCUGACCCGCUCGGCCGUGGAGGUGCUCUUCAUCCUCGGACAAUACCUUCUUUACGGCGUCCGACUGGAGCCGCUGUAUAAAUGCGAGAGGGCGCCUUGCCCCAACAGCGUGGACUGUUACGUCUCCAGGCCCACGGAGAAGACCGUCUUCAUGCUUUUCAUGAUAGCCAUCGCGGCCAUCUCGCUUUCCCUCAACGUUCUGGAAAUAUCCCACCUGGGCCUGGGCAAAAUCAAAAAGGCCCUCUCCGGAGACAGAGAUGUGGACGAUGACUGUUUGAUUUUCAAGUCCAAGAGGAAGGUAUCCUUGUCACAUCAUUGUAUGAUGACCCACGUGUCGCCUCACAAUGGACCUCUGACUCAGACGUUCAAGGUAAUAGCGCAAGAAGACGUCAGGCCGCCGCCGCCGCCACCUCUUUACCCCGGCCACGAGGCUGCCACGAACAACAGCGCGGCGGCCCAUCUCAAUCAGACCAACUACAUCUGCCCUCCGUCGCUGAGCCACAACCACGUCAUUUCCCAAAGUCGUCCGGGUCCGGAGGUACCCACGGCAAUCGUGGAGAACCAUCACGCUUUGGAAAGGGCGCUGUCGGCGGCCGAGGGAAGCCCCCCUCACAAGGAGAGCCCCCCUCACAAGGAGAGCCCCCCUCACAAGGAGAGCCCCCCUCACAAGGAGAGCCGUCAGAGAGAACAUAGCGGCCGUUUAGAUGUUCUUCUGCAACGUUCGUCGACGCAGAACCUCGAGGACAGUGACUCUGUGGGGAGCGAGGUCCUCCUACCCAAAGCUCGAAAAACCAGCUUCAUGUUCAGACCACCAUCUGAAAGUUUGUCAUCCAUCAGCCGUUCCACAAGUUCCUCAUUACAUUCUUCGGAAGAGUCCGAUGAACUGGGUUCCCUGCAGGGGGACACGCUCAUGAUGCCCCCUGCCGCGGGGAGGAGAAUGUCAAUGAGUGUCUUUCUGGAUAUUUCAUCUAUCAUGAAGAAGUGA